AUGGAACGACGGGGCACGAUGUAGAGCGGAUAGCGCCUCCCUAUGCGGAACGGCAUCCGCGCCACUGUUGCAGAUUACUAUUACUACAAUGCAUUGGCAGAUGCUAUUCAGAGGAAUUAUGGUGGAUCAUGUGUGCAGCUGAGGCUGUCAUUCAGCUCCUUGGCUCCAUUGUUUUUGUACUUCAUCCAAUGGCUGGACUUCGGCUGUUGUUAUGCCCUUCCCAGCUAUUUAGGACUAUUUCACAUUCUCAUAUGCAAGGUUUAUGCUGAUGGAGAUUAUAGCUCAGUGUCGACAUAUGAAAGGCGGACAAGCCUUAGGGAAUUCUAUGCAAUUGUCUAUCCGAUUCUGCAGCAGCUUGAGAGUAGUUUGAUCGAGAGGGACCUGAAAGGGAAGGGCCGAUGCAAGGAUAUAGUGAGUAGGAGGAGGAUGGAGGAUUGGAAAAAGCUUGCUGACAUUGGUUGGCCUAGGAAGAGGUGCCAACAAUGUGGUGCUAGACGGCUACUGGUCGCCACCGAUGCUGUAUUCUGGAGGAUGGUCGUCCAUGGCGAUGGGAGAUUGAAUGGCAUCAACUUCGAAACGAGGCUGCCGCGAGUGAACAGAAGGAGAGGUAUGGAGAUGGGAGGUCACAGAGAGAUCUAUGGAGAGGGGAGCAAGGUCACGAAGGUUAAGAUCAUGUAA